CGCGCUCCCCCUGGAUAGCACUUGUCGGGCAGCGCAUCGGACAUCGUGAACCCCACCAAGACCCGGCCGACGCCGACAAAGUCCAUCCUCAGCCACCAUGUCUGCCGAAUCCAACAUGACGAUGCCCGCGGUUAAGAGGUCGCGGAAAUCGCUGGGUGGGUUGCCGUCAAGGAGGACGCUGGAGAAGGAGAAUGCAACCGUGGACCUCGCAUCCACGUCCCUCGCCGCCAACCGUAAGAAGUCGCGCAGCAAGAGCAUCGGGCCUGGUGGUCUGGAUGCCUUGAAGCCCAGUAAUGGGAACAGGAGGGUGUCACUGGCAGCCCCCGCGGGGCCCCCUCCGCGCUCUAUCCUGAAGCCCACCAUCCCAGUCCUCCCCGAAAUCCCGCCACACAGGCCCAGGACUUCGGCCGGCCGCGACAGCGACUCGACAAAGGUGGCCCUCCGCACCGAGGAGGAGCAGCAGGCCGCUGCGCGGGAGCGCGAGGAGCGCGAGAGGGCCGAGCUCGAGAAGGACAUCCACAACAGGCGCGAGGCCCGGCGCAAAUCGCUCGCCAACCGCCGCGUGUCGUUUGCAGCCGAGGCGACCCUGCACACCUUCCACGAGAUAGAGUACAUGCAGGACUCGACCACAUCUACAGACUCAACCCGCCGCGCAUCCCAGACAGCAGCUUCUCCGGCACCGCCCGCUGCCGCGCACCACCCCGAAUCAGACGACGCAUCGGAACCACCUUCUACACCACCAGACCAUGUGGAUCACGGAGUGGCCGAGUCGCCUGAGGAUCAGCGAGGCCUUCACCAGAAGAGGAGAAGGCGAAGCUCAGGGGUAAACCCUCUCGACGCACAUGACGACACGCUCAACACCACAGUGUACGACUCGGGCUCCGAGGACGGCGAUGCCAUCGAAGAACAAGAUGAUGUCUCUGAGGCUAGUGACUCGGACGGGACCAUGAUGACCCUGGACGCGGACGAGAUGACGUCAGGGUCGGGCAUCACGGCUGGCUCCAUGUCCAUGAUGAGCAACGACUCUACGACAAGUAUAGACGAGAUGCUGAGGCUCGCCACUGAGCGCGCUGGCGUCGGGGCUGCUGCCCGAGAGCCGGAUGAGAAUGAAGAGCUGAUCCCUGCCUUUGUGGGAUGGGGAAAGCGACCGGCAGCGACCAGCAGCUACGCACCCCAGUCCCCCGAGAUUGAGUCCAGCCCCGUCAAGUCAGUUCACGAGGAGAGCGACCAUGACAACGGCGGGGAGAUGGAGAUGACCCGGCCUAUGGGUGGGAUUAUCAGGUCUACCCACGACGACGACCAGUCAACUGUCGCCCCCGACGACGAGGAUGGCGAAGAUGAAGAAGACGAUGCUAUGUCUAUGGAUAUGGAUAUGUCCAUGGAAAUGACCUACGCGUUGGGUGGCAUCGUCGGGAAGAAGGCGCCUGCAGCACCCAAAGGGCGUCCCGAGGCGACAAUAUGUGUCGACCAGACCAUGGACUUCACCAUGCCCAUGGGUGGUAUCCAAUCUUCGGCCCCCAAAGAGAACAAGGAUGAUGAGGAGCUAGAUUAUGACAGCAACGAGGAUAUGUCAAUGGAGAUGACAACAGUCAUGGGAGGGGUCCUGUCGACGACUCGAGCCGGUGGCGGCCAGCAGAGCCGGCGCCGGACGCUUAUGCGGACAGAGGAUGGCGAUGGCGAGACAUUGGGAAUGGACAUGACGGUUGGUCUGGGGCGUAUACUGCCAUCGGCGAAGCAGCAAAACGAUGCAGCCGACCAAAGUCUGGGCGAUGCCACUGUUGGCAUGGAGAUGACGACGGCGCUGGGAGGCAUAAUUGCCGACAGCUCUCCGCUGGUGUGUUUGCAAACGCCCAACAAGACCGGAGCGACGAGCCCGCUAAGGAAGAUGACGCUGAGCCAUAAGCCUGUGUCGCCGACUCGGACACGAACACCCACAAAGAAGGCCGCGCCGCUCCGAGGGAGGAUAGCCCGGACGCCUGAGCGGUCUGCCUUUAAUGGCAGCGGUCUGCGCAGGACUCCAGAACGCCAGACAUCACCACCAAAACAGCUUCCGCAGCCGCAGCCGCAGACCCCAUCAAAGUCUGUGGCUUCUUCACCUCCAAAGUUUAUCGGGAGCAGAUCCAGGUCUCCAGUCAGAUUUUCUUCCCCCAAAGCCAGAGCGACACCCCAGUCAUCCCCAAGGCCAAGAUCCACCGGCCCUGGCGUGUUCCAACAAAACCGUGUCACAGGCUCAACGACGCCGCUCAUAGUCCUCACGCCACAGACCAGGAGGCUUUCUGGCAUCGGCGCCGACAGGUCCGGCCUGGGUUCGCCCAAAAUUGCCCAGAUCCUCGAGCGCCGUGGCUCAAUUGGGGACGCUGCUAGAGACUUUGUGCCUGGCGACGGCCUUGAGUUGCGGCGGGGCGUCAAGUGGGACGACCCACGCAUCCUGGAGCAAGAGCUUGACCGGCAGCGGGAGCAAGAGCUGGCCAGAGAAGAUGGGAGGAGGAUUAUGGAGCGGGAGGCCGAUGGGGCAUUGGACGACAGGGACGCGACGCUCAAUCUGAAGGAGAUGAUUCAGGGCCUCAGCCCAAAGAAGAACCCACUCAAAGGCCGCAAGAGCCUGCAUGUGGGCAGCGCCAAGGGCCUGCUCGGCAAGCGGCCGACUGAGCUCGACGAUGAGGGGGCGGAGGAGCAAGACGGAGUCAAGCGGCUCAAGAACCUGCAGGGCAGUCCUGUCAAGAGCAUCCGACUGCAGCACCCUCCCUCCAAGGAAGAGACUACAGGCCGACCGGCGCGAACCGCCAAGGGUCCACAAGACGGCCUGGCCACCCCAACUCUCUCCGUGUCGCCCAAGAAGGGGGCGGGCGGUGCUCCCAGCCCCGACGGACGGGGAAGAUUCAGGGAUGUGGCAGACGACGGAGCUCGCACCCCAAUGGACUUCAGGCGUUCCUCCAUGGUGAACCCCGAGGGGCUGGCCGAGGAGGAUGACGAUUCCGAGGCCAUCAGCCUCCAGGAUUUCCUCAACCUGACCAGCAUCCGCUUCAUGGAGCUCACGACAACCAAGCGCAGACACACAGUUGUGCCCUCGGCGAACAAGAUCGGGCCUGACGAGGAUGGCAAGGCCGACAUGUCGUUCGAGCGAUGCGUUGUCGCGGGAGCCUGCACGGUGCCGAUGCUCGAGCUGUACCAACAUUCAUGCCGAGAGCUCAAGAAGUACAUCUCCGAAGGCAGGGAUAUCGUCCGCGAAAUAGAGAUGGAAACGCUGGAGGACAACCCGCCGCUGUUCCGCGAGUACAUGUCGGCGACGCCCGAGUUCAAGCUCCUAAUGGACAACCAGUUCAAAAACGUCAAAACUCAUGCCCGGCUACUGAGCAAGGCCAUGUGGUAUGAAUGGCGCAUGAAGCUCCAGGAGGGGCUCAAGGAAGGGCUGGACCGGACCGUCGAGGGCUUCGAGAGCGACCAGCAGAUCCUGCGCAAGCAGCGCGAGCUCAUCGACUCGGUACUCCCCGGCUUGGUCGCGCAACUCGAGUCCCUGCAGCGAGAGUACCAGGUCCUCGACGAGGCGGUGCGUGAGCUGGCCGACUGUGACCCUGAGGAGCUGGAGGCGGCGCGCGAGCGGCUGAUGGCUGCCAACGACGACGUGGCUGUCAAGAGACGAGAGAUCGCGGCGCUGCGCGAGGACUUGCGCGAGUCGGAGGCCGACGUUGAGGAGCUAGCUAGCCGCAAAGCACAGUGCCUCGCUGACAUCGAGGAGGCUGAGCACGUGCGCGAGGAGUGCAGAGGGUGGAGCUCGGGGGAAAUCGUGGCUCUCAAAGCACGCGUCGCGGCGGUUGAGGAGGAGCACGGGUGGGCCGUCACGGGCUGCUCAGGCACCACAGUCUCGAUGACGUACCGCCGUGAAAUUGAGUUGGUCUUUGACCCCACCUGCUUCGCCUCUGGACCCACGCGCCAGGGUGGGGCCCUGCCAAACUCAAAUUCAACGACACCCAUCGACCUCUGGUACAUUGCGGACAAGCGCGAGCGGGACCCGCAGCCUCUCACGCCUGAGCUGGAUUUUUUCCUGCAGUGCCUGCGCGACCAGCUGCGGGGCCUCGACCAGACCCGCACGCCGCAGAGCCUCAUUCUUGGCUUGGUGAGCCGCGGGUGGGCCCAGGCCAAUUCCGUGGCCAAUCACGUCCGGUCUCUCAACCUCACCUUCCCGACCGCGGUGUCGAGAACGUCCGACGACUCGAUCGCGGUGCGCGCAACUGUGUUCCUGGCGGCCCUCAAGUCAAAGGUCGAUGUUGUAGUCGAUCUGUAUCGUCGGGCAGGUGCUGCCAGCGACGGUGGUGGCCUUGACGUGGCCGUUGCGCCGCGUGCCGUCGUCGUCUACGGCGAGCGGUUCAACACGGAAAAGAUGGCCGACUUCUUGUCUGGGCGCCUUGGGGGCCAGGUGGCUGUGCUUGGUGGAGGGGAGGGGCGCGCUGAGAGCUGGGGUGACGUCGUCGUCGAGCUACAUGGAAAGCUGCUCUCUGGUGCGAAGCAAUAGCAUUUGGGGCAGGCGCCUGCUUGUUGGUUCUGUAAUUCCAAACUAUUAUGAGCCUAAGCUGGCCGUUCGGCGUUUGUCUUUGUUUGUUUCUGUAGCAUUUCUGCCUGGAGCGGGGUCACGGUUCUGUCAUCUGUUGGGAGAUCACGGGAUUCAGGGCGGUGGGUUUAGAUAACACAACGCGUCAUUGUUUGGUAUUGUGCAAAGAAACGUCCGCCAUUGUUUG